UUUUGCCGGGGCGCCGCCCUCGCACCCCCACAUCCUUCUAUCUCGCGUGGGGUGUCCGGGUGAGGCGUCCCCGGCAGCGGAACGCCCCGGACCCCGGUUCCGGUUUCCGCGCAGCCGCCGAGCCGCUUUGGGCGAAGGCCCGAGGACCCGGAGCGCUAAGGCGGACGGACCGCAGAGGUUGUCUGAAGGCCGAGGCCAAGAUGGCGGCGCUGGCGGCUCCCGGCCUGCUCCGCCCGAUCCUUGCCCUGCGCUCUGGCGUGGGCGCCGCUUUGCAGACGCGAGAUGUCCAUGCGAGCGUGGCCACCGAGGGCCCGAGCAGCACCCAGCCAGCCAUGUCCAAGGCCGGAGCCGUGGUCCCCAAACCCACCGCGCUUCCCAGCAGCCGGGGAGAGUAUGUGGUGACCAAGCUGGACGACCUCAUCAACUGGGCCCGCCGGAGCUCCCUGUGGCCCAUGACCUUCGGCCUGGCCUGCUGUGCCGUGGAGAUGAUGCACAUGGCGGCGCCCCGCUAUGACAUGGACCGCUUCGGCGUGGUCUUCCGCGCCAGCCCACGCCAGUCCGACGUGAUGAUCGUGGCGGGGACGCUCACCAACAAGAUGGCCCCCGCGCUCCGAAAGGUCUAUGACCAGAUGCCGGAGCCUCGGUAUGUCGUGUCCAUGGGGAGCUGUGCCAACGGUGGCGGCUACUACCACUACUCGUACUCCGUCGUGAGGGGCUGUGACCGCAUCGUGCCCGUGGACAUCUAUGUCCCAGGCUGCCCGCCCACGGCCGAGGCCCUGCUGUACGGCAUCCUGCAGCUGCAGAGGAAGAUCAAGCGGGAGAAGAGGCUCCGUAUCUGGUACCGCAGGUAGCACCCGCCCGGCCGGCCUCCCGCCGCGCCUGCCACCUCGCCAUCCCGCCAGAGAGAUGCUCAAUAAACCGGACAAUGCCAUCGGC